UGACGAAAACAAUCCUGUCUUUUGUCAGCACCGUAUGCCAAGGGUUUAUGAGGAGAGUAGCGUAUCAGAAACCCUUGGCUAGCGAAGAUGCAAGCAGAUAAGUCGAUCAUGACCUCUUUUUGACCUCUUUUGCCUCAGUAAACAAAAAGUGUACCGAAGCAACACAUUUUUUGCUUGCUUGCAAUUAACGUACAUGUAGAACCAAUGGAGCAGUUUUCCUGUCUUCGAGCUGUAAUUGUUUUUGUAUUUUUGGUUCACGGCACUCAUGUAUAUGUUACGUGCCGAUUUAGUGCCGGUUUCAGGCUCAAUUACCAUGGACCUUAUACAAUUGGUCAAACGUAUCAUGGAACAUGUAAAGUCGAAUUACCUCCUGAUGAUAAUCUCACAAACUUGGAUGUGUACUGGAAUUUCGGGGAAACCAACUAUUGUCACAACGGCCAAAAAAUAUUGAUAAAUAGAAAAUAUACUUGUGGUGUAAAUACGGUUCAGAAUAAGACUUACUACGACCUGAGAGUCCCAGACCUAACAAUUGAUGAUGGUGGCACAUACUUUUGUCUGGUAAACCAUAUCACUGAAGAAGCCAAUACAACGUUUUCUCAGAAUAUAACAGUCCUGGACCCUUCUAUAACGACACCAGAGGCAGCAACCGUAACAAUUGUAGGUAGCAAAAAAGACACAGGUGGUUCAUCGUCAGUAAAUUACGAACUUCUUUCAACAUUCCUGAUUAUGUUUGCAGGUUCUUUGCCUGAUAUGCAGUAAUCAUACAUCUGCAUGUUCAUUUGCAUAUUUUACGAUCAGACUAUCUUAUAUUUCGAGUCCAGCUACUUUGUUUUUAAACUUGUAGGCAAUUUAAAAGUAGCGACUGCUAUUAUAGCAGUAAUUCGACUGAUGGCAGUUAUGUCUUCGGUAUAUAUGCAUAUUUACUUUAAACAUGUAACAAUGUUAUAUUUGUUUUUUAUUAGAAUUUGCAAUUGUACUUAAAAGAAUUUGUUUUAGUAUCACAUAUGCCCUAUGUAAGACAGUGCCGUGUAAUGUACAUAGACAAGCAAAAAAUAAAGCAUUGUUAUGUCCUCAA